CCUACUGCUUCUGCUGCUUAUAAGCGAGCGUCUUCACUCUUCGCAGCAGCUAGUUCUCCACAGAACACAACACAACCCAAGCAGAGCAUUAGUUGAUCGAGCACUCGAGCAGCUAGCUUAGCUUAGCAAUGGCGGGGAGCAGCAGCGUCGGCGCCGUCCACCGCGCGGGCCUCGCCGUGGGGCUCCUCCUGCUCGCCGCCGGCGCCGCCGCGUGCCACGGCGCGAGGGCCGUCCCCGGCGAGCCGGAGCCGGCGACAUACCGGCCGCAGAACGUGUACGGAUUCGGCGGCUUCUACCCUGGCCCCAACAUCAACUGGGUGUUCCCCGGCCCCAACGGCGUCACGCCGCAGGUCGGCUUCGGCGGGAUGCCGGGCUCCUCCUCCUCCGUCUUCCCCGGCGCCGGUGGUGCCUCGCCGCUCACGCCCGGCGGCGGCGUCAUCGGCAUCCAUGGCGCCACCAAGAAGCCGUGAUCAUAGGGCAUCAUGAGGCUUCUUGGCCCAACCCUCUUAAGUAAAUAAGAAUGACGAAGGCGUGCUUAGCUAGCUAGUACUAUCUAGGUUCGUGUUAUGUAGUAGUAGUAGGUGUUUAAUUAACUUUGAUCUGUAUCCUGUAUCUGUGUGUUGAAGUGUGUUGUUUCUGUGUGAAACUAAUCUAGGUUGUUCGUGCAUGCUGUUAAUCUCAUCUACAUUUCCACUUCUUCAGAGGUUUACUGUCUACUAAUGAAGUGGUGGGCUAGUUCUAAGUUC